AUGAAUUACUGGUGGUAUAUGGUGGCGGCAGCCCUCCUGAGGCCUUUUUUGGCCUUUGCAUAUUCGUUUUCAACCACCGGGACGACCCUGCAGCUCAAUGGCAUCUCUUACUACGUACCACCUCAUGCAGUCGGAAAAGUCCCGAGGGCUGUGUUUGAGGUUAAUGAAAACAUCGGGCUGCUCCCAAUUACUGUUAUCAACACGGACGAACAGUCGUUGAGUCUUGACGAUGCCAAUAACAUCACAGCAACGUUUUCGAAGACGGAUGAUGUUUAUCAAAUUGGUUUCGCUCAAGGCUUCUACGUGCAGGGAAGGAGUGCUAGCAAUGAGAGAGCUGACGCUACGGUGCUGGGUAACUCUACCGCUUUUUGGGUUUCCAAAGCUCAAAAUAGCAAUCCUCUCCCUGAUGGCCCAUACUUCGUCUCUAUUACUGGGCGCAUAUACCAAGCCUAUAGACUGUGCGCCGAUGUUCAAGGGGCAUUCAGUGAAUCCUCAAUCCAGAAUCAAGAUGGCUCGUACUCCGUUCUUCCAGCCCACCUACCUGGUCAAUCUCUUGCAGUUGCCGUCCCUUCGAGACUCUAUUUUACAAAGACUACGGACAAGCCACUGGCCGGUGUAAGACUUGGGGUUAAGGACAUUUUCGAUAUCCAGGGGCUCAAGACCUCGAAUGGCAACAGGGCUUGGUAUCAUCUUUAUCCUGCACCCAACCGGACGGCACCUGCUGUUCAGAACCUGCUGGAUGCUGGUGCUGUCAUAGUCGGAAAGAUGAAGACGAGCCAGUUUGAAAACGGGGAGUCGGCUACUGCUGAUUGGGUGGAUUACCACGCACCGUUUAAUCCUCGAGGAGACGGGUAUCAAGAUCCAUCAUCCUCUUCUGCUGGUCCGGCUGCCGGCGUAGCUGCGUAUCCAUGGCUGGACAUUGCCCUUGGCUCUGAUACUGGAGGUAGCAUAAGGUCGCCGAGUCAAGUUCAGGGGAUCUAUGGGAAUAGGCCGAGCCAUGGCAUGGUUCCUCUGGACGGCACUAUUCCUCUCUCACCUCAGUUUGACACGGCUGGCCUGUUUUCUCGUGAUCCUGCUCUUUGGAAAACAGCCGCCCAUGCGUUGUAUGGCACAAACAUCAGCUUCAAAAAUUCAUACCCUUCGAGUAUCCUCACGAUUGGCUUUCCGACACGGGCCAAAUCUGAGCUGGAUAUGAUCCUCGCCCAGUUUCUGGCGAAUCUAACCACCUUUCUCUCGGCAAAAGCCACUGCUUUUGACCUUGACGAGCACUGGAAUAGAACGAAUCCUGACGUCCUCUCUGUGUCGGCCUUGCUCAACAACACAUACGAGAUUGUAUCGUCCAAGGAGCAAGCAAGGCUUGUUCGAGAUCCCUUCUUUAGAGAUUAUGGAGCUGAUCACGAUGGAAGGCGGCCCCAUGUCAACCCUGCGCCCCUGAACCGUUGGGCAUUUGGCGACAACUCAACGGCAACCGUUGAGCAGGGCAUCGCAAACAAGACUCGAUUCAUGGAAUGGUUCAGCACCAAAGUAUUAUCCCAUGACGCGGAGUCUUGUUCUGACAACCUGCUCGUGUAUGUUCCGAGAACGCCUGAGCCAGUUUACAGGGACACCUACCGGGCAGGCCCCCAAGUCCCAAAGGCUUUUUCGACAAGUCGAAUAUCAGUUAUGAGUGAGACGCCUGACAUGGUUGUGCCGAUUGGUCAGAUGGCUUAUCAUUCUUUGGUCACUUCUCACAAAGAAUACUUGCCUAUCGCCGUCGACAUGAUGGCCGCUAAAGGUUGUGAUGGCAUGUUAUUUUCACUUAUUCAGGACUUGUACGAAGCCGGAAUCUUGGGGAUUAGUCAAACAGGGACAAGUCAUGUUACUGGUGAAGACGUAUUUAUCUAG